AUGGCUGGUCUUUUGAAGAUGAAGAUGAAGAUGAGCCAUCACGACAACAAACCAUUUCCGGCGUUGGCUCCAGGUCCGCCGCGCCUGUUCGCUCCGCAGACGUCGACUGCUUGCUCGGGGCCAGAUGCCCCAUGUAAAGCUUGUCGGUCCACAAACACCGAAUGUCACUUCGAUCCAAGCCGAGACCUCAGACGAAAGGUUGCCGUGAAGCGGACGAUCCAGGAGCUCACCAACCACAAAUAUCUCCUAGAGUCUUUGCUAAGCACACUCGGGUCGGCUGACCAACCCCAGUUUGACAAAGUGAUGGAUUUGAUCCGGAAGAAGGCUUCGUUCCAGGAUAUCGCCCAUGCGGUCGGAAGCCCCGUCACGACAUUCGGAGACACCCAAGAUUUGUCGACUGCCAGCAGAUUGCCAAUCUUAGAGUAUGGGGGGCAUGCCGUAGAAACUUCAGGCAACGCGGUGAGACGACCAUCAGACCCUGGCAAUAUAACAAGCUCACCAGAAGAGCCUCCAAGCAUGAAACCUCCGCAGUGGGCAACAGUUAGCCCUUAUGCUCGUAUCACACUAGAGAGCCUCUGCGACAUACCUCUCUUCGAGGUGUCGGCAAAGCCGUGGACAAGUGUCACAGAUGAUGAUUUUCUGGUCUCGCAACUAGUCUCGCUCUACUUUACCUGGGACCACCCAUGCUCGCAGUUCCUUGAUCAACGUAUCUUCCUCGAAAGUAUGAAAUUCGGGAAUCGAGGAUCAGUCUUCUGCACGCCCCUUCUCGUCAAUAGUUUAUUGUCAAUCGCCAGCGCCUAUUCUGAUAGCCCUGAUGUUCUUUCCACCCCCGAGAACGUGUUCUCGCGGGGUCAGAAAUUUUUCCAGGAGGCACAAAGAUUGUGGGAGGUUGAAGACGAUGACCACGACCUGCCUAAUAUCCAGGCGCUCCUCAUGAUGUGCUGUGUAUUUAAAUCCCAAGGACGAAUCAAGAAAAGCUGGACGAUGCUUAGUCAAGCAGCUCAGCUGGCACGGGAUAUAGGACUUUUUGAUACUCCAACAGUGUCGGGAAAUGACAUGUCGUCAGAGAUGGAACGGAUUCGCACAAUCACUGCGUGGGGUGUCUUCAACGUGAGCUUACAAAUGUCGAUUGAGCUGCAGAAGAUUGUUCCCUUAGCAUAUCCCACGUGCGGGGUCAAGUUGUGUGGCGAUGAAGACUUUGGCUGGAUACCGUAUCCUCGCUCAAACAAAAUCACAUUUGACAAAAAGCCAGCCCAUCUCCCUCAAGUGAGGAAAGGAUUAGCUGAGAUCACCAUGAUCUUAGUCGAUAUUCAGAAGCUCAUUUCUGAAAAACGUCGGGGCACCAGCUUUAAUGAGCUGUGGAUAAAUGCUAAUGACCCAUUCGACCGUUUGACUGAUUGGCUGAGACGUUGGCCGAGUGUGUCUGCUAUACAACGAGAUCCGAUCCCACAGGUCCUUCUCUUGCGAAUCAAAUGUCUCCAGGCCAUCAUAUACCUGUUUGAGGUUUUCAAUGACCCCCGUGAGCCACAAUUUGCCCAACAGGUCCAGUUCUAUCAGGCUAGGUCCGCCGAGCAAACGGCGCAUUGUCUUCGCAUCCAUCGCCAGUCGUAUGGCCUCAGACAUAUACCCAUCCAGGUAGUCGAUGCCGUACAGACAGGCCUUCGGAUCUUAGUCCAUCAAUUGGAAAGAAGUGACGAAUCGAGGCAGGCGUUUACUGAGCUUUGUCGGUUUGGAAUGGCUCUGAGCCACAGGUUUAAGCAAACAGCCGACGUGAUCCAUGAGAUCAGGAGGAAUGUGCAGCAUCGAAGUAUCCGAUUACCACCUGAUGUUGUUGUAUUGUUCGAUCACCCGGAACGGUGGAGGAGUCUCGAGCCCUGA